AUGGAUAUUGAGGCAGAGCCAAGUUUGCGAUCAAUUGUGAACCACGAAUCGCUGAAGUGGAUCUUUGUUGGAGGUAAGGGGGGUGUCGGUAAAACCACGACAUCUUCUUCUAUAUCUAUCCAGCUUGCCCUUCACAAUCCUAACAAGAAAUACCUGCUUAUUUCCACCGAUCCUGCUCAUAAUUUAAGCGAUGCCUUCAACCAAAAAUUUGGAAAGGACGCCAGACAAGUGGAGGGCUUGCCUAAUUUGUCUUGUAUGGAGAUCGAUCCAGAUUCAACACUGGAAAAUCUUCAAAAGAACAACGAAUCCACUUUCGGUAGUGCUGGAGGAAACGAUCCUUUGAAGAGUAUGAUGGGAGAUAUCACAGGCUCGAUUCCAGGUAUUGACGAAGCAUUUUCUUUCAUGGAAGUUUUGAAGCAUAUCGGAGAGACAAAGGAGAAUCAGAUCAAAUACGACACCGUCAUUUUCGACACAGCACCCACUGGCCAUACUCUUAGAUUCUUACAGUUGCCAUCCACUUUAGAAAAACUUCUAGGAAAGGUUAACGAAUUAAGCGGCAGAUUUGGCCCUAUGCUCAACAACUUAUUGGGAAGUCAAGGUGGACAAAGCAUCGAUUUUGCUUCUAAGAUCAAAGAAAUCCAGGUGCAGGUCACAGAAGUGAACAAACAGUUUCAAGAUCCCGAACUCACUACCUUUGUCUGUGUAUGUAUCUCCGAGUUUUUGUCGUUGUAUGAGACUGAAAGAUUGAUUCAAGAAUUAAUGUCAUACAACAUGGAUGUCAACUCCAUUGUCAUCAACCAACUGUUAUUCUCAGACGACUCUGAGUGCAGAAGAUGUAACGCCAGAUGGCGUAUGCAAAAGAAAUACCUCGAUCAGAUGGAUGAGUUAUAUGAGGAUUACCACCUGGUCAAGAUGCCUCUGCUGGCUAUGGAAGUAAGAGGCUUGGAAAAUUUGAAGAAAUUCUCCAAGUACUUAAUAGAGCCGUACAACAGUGAGACAGAUGGGCAUGUGGUUUUCGACUUAGAAGAGCAGUAA